GUCAAAGAUGGGAUUGUUGGGAGCCAUAGGCUUUUCUUUAGCACUGGUAUCUCUAACCCAGAUACCUUACAGUGUGGAAGGGUGCAAAAUCUUGUCAGCAAAGUCCUCAGGGUCCUCUGCGAUUCUGGUAAAAUGGGAGAAUUAUCCUGGAGCAACAAACUAUUUUUUAGACCUUCGGAUGAAAAACAAUACAAAUAUUGCACCUGUUGUGGUGACUCUGCCAGCAUCCAGGACAGAGAUGGUGGUCAAUGGUCUGAGGCCAGGAGCCGAGUACAGUGUGACUCUCAAAGUCUUUCAGUUCUAUUAUGUGGUGUGUAUGGCUACCAAUGAAGCGUCCACAGUCCCUGCCACAUCGCAAAUAGUAGCUGGCCAGGCACUGUCAAGUACUUCAAUCAUGGUAAAGUGGACUAAGGUGUCCUCGGCGGAUCAAUACUACCUGCUGAUAUAUUCUCAGGCUGAUGGACAGAUGGUCAACCUGACCUACACCAACUUCUCUGCCGUGGUGGAGGGGUUGCAGCCCUCCACCAAUUACGACUUCUACAUUGUCACAGCCAACCAGGCCGGCCAUGGAAGCACAAGUAAAGUGAGGACCAUCACGACCUUGGUGCAGCCUCCUGCAGAAGUCACAGUAACACAGGCCGGCCGCGGCACGGCGAGGGUGACAUGGCAGCCAGUGGAAGAUGUUCUGUUAUACCGAGUCAGCGUCCAGGACACUGAUGACCCCUCCAGCCCGCCGUCUGUGUACAACGUUACAGACACUCAAAUGGAUGUUCACGGCAUCCUCCCGUGUUCCACCUAUCUGAUAUCUGUGUCCUCAUUCAACAAGUUCCUGUUGCCGAGCGAGCCCACAGACUACACAUACACCACCAACAAGCUGAGACCAGUUUCAGCAGUUUCCGUGGACUACACCUGCGCCACUCACUCCGCCAUGGUGCAAUGGUCGGCUGUGUUUGGGGCCGACUCCUACAAGGCCACUGCAUUGGGCGACAAUGGCACAAUGCUGACGUGCACCAGCCAGAGUGACAGUUGUCGGAUCACUGGACUGAGCUGCGGCCAGAGCUACGUGGUGCAUGUGACACCCAUGUCAGAGAACUGCAAGAACAUGAUGAACACCACUUUGGCCACUUUUCAAACCGUUCCCUGUCCUCCAAAGAACCUGACGUUGUUGCGAGAUUGUUCCAGCGAAGUCAUUGUCUUCUCCUGGGAGCACACAAACAAUACAGACCACUACAUGGCCCGGGCAGUGGACUCUCAGGGAGUGGUCCAGGAGUGUCUGACUGAAGACAACUCCUGUUAUUUCACACACACAGUGUGUGGACGGCAUUAUUACUUCACGGUCUACGCCAUCACAGGACAGUGCAGAAGCCAGAUUAGCUCUACUGUUGACAUUCGAACAGCACCCUGCAUUCCUCAGAAUCUGCAAACUUCAGCCGACUGCAACUCAGAUGUUCUGCUCAGCAAGUGGGACCUCGCCGAGGGGGCUCUGCGCUACACUGUGGAGGCCUUCGGCAACAAGGGAAACAACAGCCACUACAACUGCAGCUCCAUGUCCAACAGCUGCGCCAUAGAGGGGGUCCACUGUGGAGAGUUCCUGACCGUCUACAUCACAGCUUACGAUGACGAAUGUGCCAGCCCGAGGAACCUUGGGCCCGUGGCUCAGACAGUUCCAUGCGUUCCUCGGAAUAUAACAGCAGUGAAGGAAUGUGACGCCUCCUCCAUCACAAUGACAUGGUUAAUAUCUGGCAGUUCGCUUUUCUACGUCGCCAUGGCGAAGGACAGUAAUGGCGUCAUUCACAGCUGCAGCUCCAUGGAUCUGACAUGUAAGAUCAUGGGCUUGACGUGUAGCACCAACUACACAGCGUACGUCAUUGCCUCAAACUUCAUCUGCAACAGCUCGAAGAGCGAGAUGGUCACCAUAGAGACAGCUGCCUGCCCACCGAGUCACGUUACUACCUCCCUGGACUGUGCUGCCAAUGAGGCUCUGAUUUCGUGGCGUGGCCAGCCUGAGAUAAACUCCUUCACCGCCACCAUUGUGGAUGAAUAUCAAGGACUUCUCAGCUGCAGCUCCACCAAUACCACCUGCAGGGUACCUAACCUGAAAUGUGGCCAGCUCUACACUGUCACCGUCAGCCACCAUGAUGGCGUGUGCCCCAGCAUGCCCUCUGAGGCCUUCUACAUGGAGUCUGUUCCUUGUGGACCCAAAGUGGAUGCUGACUUAGACUGUCAGUCACAACUUCUGACCCUCAGCUGGAACGCGUCAAAUAAUGUGGACGGCUAUGAAACUCUGGUCACAAGCGGGGACAAGGAAAUGUCCUACAUCACCACAGAGCCUGGCCUGAUGAUCUCCACACUGGAGUGUGGCCAAGAUUACACACUGAAAGUGAUGUCCUUCAACAGCACCUGCGUCAGUCGACCGACAGAGUUAUCUGUCAGGGAAACACCUUGUGUGCCCACUAAUGUCACGGCGAUGAAAAACUGUGGCGAGAGUUUUGCGAAAGUGACUUGGAGAGCAAGCCAUGGUGCCCUACGCUACCAAGUAACUGCAGUGGAUCAAGACGGAGAACACUUGCAGUGCUCUUCCAAUGUGACGUCAUGCAUGUUGGAGGGCCUCAUGUGCAGCCAGGUUUACAGAGUUGUGGUGACUGCCAUGGACGACACCUGCACCAGCAACGAGAGCUCUGUGGAGACACUACAGACAGCGCCCUGCCCUCCCUCUCAGCUCAACGCCUCUCUAAACUGUGCCGACAACUCUGCCAUGUUAACCUGGAGUAACAGCUCCAAUACAGUGUCCUACACUGGCAAAGCAGUGAGCGCAGGUGGACACAUUGUGACCUGCGACGCAGAAAUGAACCUCGGUUGCCAGUUGGAGGAUCUGGACUGUGGCACGGAGUACACCUUCACCGUGUCAGCCUCGGAUGGCGAAUGUGAAAGUCCUGACAGCGAGCCAGUCAUCCAUACAACUGCCCCAUGUGCUGUGGAGUCGAUGCUCAACACCCUGAACUGUAGCACCAACGUACUGACCAUCAGCUGGGACUCUGCAUCUAUGCCAUUAAACUACAGUGUCACCGCCCUGGCCGGAGAUGGCACUGCACUCCGCUGCAUGACAGAGGAUUCAAGUUGUACGAUGACUAACUUACAGUGUGGACAGCAGUACAAUGUGUCGAUCAAAGCCAUCAGCAGCACAUGUGAAGGACACAGCAGCGUUAUGGAGAUUGUUAAUUCUGUUCCCUGUGUUCCGAUGAACGUCCGAGGCAUGGUGGAGUGCUCCACUAACACGCUCCAGGCGUCCUGGGAUGCAGCUGCCGGCGCAGCGUCCUAUGUCUCCAUAUUGAAAGGAGCAGGAGGUUUUUCUUCAUCCUGCUCCACAUCUGAGCAGAAUUGCCUCUUCCCUGAUCUGCAGUGCGCUCAGACAUAUAUGUUUAGUGUGGUGGCCAUGAACGACAGGUGUAACAGCUCUGAGAGUGCCAUGAUCUCAGCGACAACCGCACCCUGCGAUCCUACAAAUGUGACUGCUAACCUGCACUGCCUCUCGGGUGUGGUGACGGUAACUUGGGGGCCCAGUGCUGGGGCAAAUCAUUACACAGUCGUCGCUGAGGCCAGAGGACACAUUGACUCCUGUGAUUCCAGCGGCAUGUCCUGUGAGCUGACCCAGCUGCAGUGUGGGGAGGACUACACUGUCACAGUGCUGGCAGGGGAUGGGAAAUGCAACAGCUCCAUACAUGCCAAAACUAAUAUAACAACAGCCCCCUGUGCUCCAGUGAUCAUGGACCACUCCUUGGACUGUGUUUCCAAUCAUGCCAUGGUCACCUGGGUUAAGGAUGAGGACGCCAUGAACGUCACAGUCAGAGCAACUUCCAGUGGACACUCGACAUCCUGCAGUUCCUCCACUAACAGCAGCUGUGUCCUGGACGACCUGCGCUGUGGAAACACCUACACUGUGCAGGCUGUUGCACGAGGAAUCCAGUGUGAUAGUGAACCCAGCUCCUCUUUCCAGAUUGUCACAGCGCCCUGUACCCCUGCAAACGUGGAGUACACAUACUCCUGUGAGACUGGCAUCGCCUUCCUGACUUGGGACGAGACUUUGGGAAGACAGAAUUUCUACGCCAAAGUCUACUCUGGAGACGAUAUGGCCUCCUGCAGCACCACUGACACCAACUGCCCCCUACCCUCACUGCUCUGUGGUCGCCUGUACAAGGUGGACGUGAUAGCUGUGGCUGACCACUGCAACAGCAGCGUGCCAGGGUCAACGAAAAUACAGACAGCCCCCUGUGCGCCCAUGAACGUCAGUGCCUCCCUGGUGUGUGACAACAACACGGCGGCGGUGAGCUGGGCACACAGCCCAGGCUCUGUUUCCUACACGGUGACGGCACAAGGCAGAGACGGUGAUACCAAACAAUGCACCACAAACACCACGAGUUGUCUCCUACCCAACAUGCACUGCGCCCAGACCUACUUGAUCACUGUUACCCCCUUCUCUGAUCGCUGCCAGGGCUUCGACAGCUACACACACUCUUAUGUUGCAGGCCCCUGUCCUCCCACCGAUGUUCAUGUGUCCCUGCAGUGUGACGGUAACGUGGGCCAUGUGACGUGGAACGCUGCCCUACAAGCAGAUCACUAUGUGGCUACAGCGAUACCAUUUGCCAUGGAGGAACACAAUUACACCUGCACUUCCAACGGAACGGACUGCACCCUCACAGACAUCCACUGUGGCGAGACGUCCGUAGUCACGGUGGUCACCGUAGAGAGGGGCUGCAUGAGCGAGCCCAGCAUGCCUUUUACUUUCCAGUCAGUCAUCUGCCCACCGAUGAAUGUGACUGGAGUGACAGCUUGCAACAACAAUGACAUCACAGUAAGCUGGGACCCGAGUCCUGAGAAUGGUGUUGACUAUUUUGUCCACUCAGAGGAAGAUGGCGGGGCGAGUGUCAGCCUCUCCACAACCCAGACCUCCCAUGUGCUCACCGGGCUGCAGUGUGGCGAGUUGUAUACACUGACAGUUGCUGCCAGGGACAAUGAGUGCACCAGUGUCCUCAGCAAGCCUAUACAAACUGAAACAGCUCCGUGUCCUCCGACCAACCUGACUGCCAGAGCCGACUGUGGCACCAACAUGGGAACGCUGACCUGGGCACCAAGUACCUACGCUAUCUCCUACACAGCUACAGUGACUGGUACCCACGGCCAUGUAGUUUCCUGUUCAUCCAACACAACAACCUGCUCAGUAAGGCUGGAUUGUGGACACCAGUACACUGCAGUUGUGGUUGCUUCCAGUGCGACGUGCAACAGCAGCACAGGAGCAUCCUUAACUUUUGACUCAGCUCACUGUCUGCCUGACAGGGUGGAAGCAGACUUGGACUGCAAUGCCAACUCCUUUGCGGUGCAGUGGCGGGCGUUCAUCGGCGAUGUCGGCUCUUACUCUGCAAUUGCCAUUGGCAGCGACAACACCCGUGUUACCUGCGACUCCCCUAACACAAACUGUAACAUCGAGAACCUAAAAUGUGGCCUCACCUACAGCAUCGCCGUCACUUCAUCAUCAAUCGACUGUGGCACCAUUGAGGGCUCCGACUACAGCAUGCAGUCAGCACCCUGUAAACCAGAAGAGGUGAUGGUAGAUCUGCAGUGCAGCACUAACAUGGCAUUGGUGACCUGGGGAAACUCGGGGCCGGACCAGACCCAGGUGGUGACAGCGGUGGACAGCAGAGGGAUGACCACCACCUGCAACUCCAGCAGCUCCAACUGCACCUUCGACCAGCUGACCUGCGGGGAGAGCUACGUUAUCAGUGUGGUCGGUCACACAAAUUCAUGCAGCAGUGAACCAGCUGUUGCAAAUGUCAAAACAGCUCCGUGUGCUCCCACCCACCCCACUGCACGAGUGGACUGCCAGACUGGUAUCACCUUUGUGACGUGGGACUCAGCACUUGGUGCCACAUCUUACACCGUCUAUGCUCGGGGAAGUCUGGGCCACAACGAUGAAUGUAACAGCACGGACACCAACUGUAAUUUCCUCAACCUGGCGUGUGGGCAGGACUACAAUAUUUCAGUGGUGGCUCGUCAUGAGUCCUGCGUCAGUUUGGUCAGCGAGUCCAUCAGCGUCACCACAGGUCCUUGCCCUCACAGUGGUCUACAGGCUACUCUGGACUGUGACACCAACACAGCUGUUGUGCACUGGACUCCGGGCAGCGGCAUCCUCUACUACAACGCCUCGGCCGAUGCCUUUGACAUCGUACACCAGCAGACCUGCUCCACCAAUGGUUCCUCCUGCAACAUCACCUCUCUGCGUUGCGGGGAGAGCUACAGGGUGAGCGUCAGCGGACAGGGACAGAACUGCCCCAGUCCUGCCCAGGACUGGCACAGAAUCAACACAGCUCCCUGCCCUCCAACCCAGCUGAGGGUUGACUCCUCCUGUGAGUCAAACGACAUCUCGGUGUCAUGGCAGGCCUCGCAGGGCUCCGUCUCCUACAUGGCUGUGGCUAUGGAUGCACAGGGUCGCUGGUGGUCCUGUAACACCACCAGCACCACCUGCCAGAUAUCCAGGCUGCUCUGUGGACAGCAGUACAAGGUUUAUGUUGCAGGUGUCGAUGAAAACUGCAUCGGAGCCAAGAGUGAUGUUCAGGUGAUUCAUACUGCUCCGUGUGUGCCACAGAACAUACAAAACGACCUUGAAUGUCUGUCCGGUGUCCUCAACGUAACCUGGCAGUCGAUGGGUAACUAUUCCCAUUUCCGUGCCUCCGUGGUGAGCAGCAAAGGUCAUGUCAGCAUUUGCCAGACGAACAAGCAUCACUGCGUAGUGCGCAACAUGCAGUGUGGCCUGACCUACAACGUUACAGUGGUGGCCCAAGAUGAGGCCUGUAACAGCUCCCACAGCCCCACAGAGCAGGUCCUUACAGCUCCCUGCCCUCUUCUUACCUUUCUCCCCGCUGUCAACUGUUCCACUGGUGAUGUAUCUGUAACCUGGAGCAACAGCGUGGCGGGGGUCAACUACAUGGUGUCGGCUGUUGACGCCGCAGGUUGGAAACACAACUGCAGCAGCAGAAACAGUGGUUGUGAUCUUAGCAUGCUGGAGUGUGGGACGGAGUACAACGUCACCAUCACACCAUCCAGGGACGGAUGUGUGGGCAGAGACAGCCCUACAAAAAUGAUCAAAACAGUUCCCUGCGUACCUCACCUGUCUGACGUGGAGAUCGACUGCCUGUCCAACUCGGCCUGGGUGAUGUAUAACGAGUCCGCCGGGGCUGAGGACUAUGUUGUCAUGGCGACAGACAGCCAGGGUGACAUGGUGACAUUCGAGUGCAACUCCGCAUCAGACGGGAUGUGUGCCCUGCCGCCACUGGUAUGCAGCCAAAACCUCACCUUCACCCUCAAGGCCCGAGACCAACAGUGCUCCAGUGCACCCAGCAAUGCUGUCACAGCCGAGACUGCUCCCUGUCCUCCUGAGGACAUAGAGAAAUCAGUGAGCUGUGACAACCGCACAGUCAGCAUUGCCUGGGCGGACGUCCCUGGCGCAGUAACGUACACGGCCACGCUGGAGCAGAUAAAUGGAGGCACUUCCUGCUGCACCACGUCAGACACCGGCUGUGACAUCACUGAUCUACCAUGUGGAGAAAUGUACAUUUUGUUUGUAAUGGCUGAGGGACGAACAUGCAACAGCACCCAGAGCGAAGGGGACAUUGUCAGGACAGUGCCAUGCGUUCCCCAGGACCUCAAAGCCAGCCUGAGCUGCAGGGACAAUGUGGCCUCCAUGACGUGGAACCAAAGCAGAGGAGGACAGCUUUACCGAGUGAGGGCUGUGGGAACUGAUGGCCACGUGGAUGAGUGCAGCUCCCACGAGAACCAGUGUGAUCUAACAGGUCUGCACUGUGGACAGCAUUACACGGCUACUGUGAUGGCAGAGGACCAAGACUGCCAGAGCAAACUGAGCGACAGUGUGACAAUCAGGACUGUGCCGUGCACACCUGAAAACGUGUCCGCUAUGGUGGACUGUGAGGACAACACUCUGAAUGUGUCCUGGUCUGAGAGUUUAGGAGCUGACUCCUAUAUCGCCACAGUGCAGGACAGCAAUGGUCGGACCACAACCUGCUGGGGCACGACCGAGGGCUCCUGCAAUAUCACAGGACUCGGCUGUGGUCAGAUCUACCAUGUGUCUGUGGUGUCCUCCGAUGGAUACUGCGACAGCCCACCCACUGAUGUGGUUGAAACACCUUCAGUUCCCUGUAAGCCGAGACAUAUUGAGGCAGUGAUGGACUGCCUCAUACAGAUGGCCACGGUAUCAUGGUACCCAAGUGAUGGAGCUCUGUCGUACAUGGUCAUGGCCACCACCGCGUCAGGUGACUCUGUCACCUGUGAAGCAAACAACACCCACUGUGAACUGGAAGGGCUGCUCUGUGGCCAGAGCUACUCCAUCUCUGUGACAGCUGUGGGACAGACCUGCAGCUGCAUCGCUCACAUGACAGGACAGCUGGACACUGAGCCGUGCAUCCCUGAGCACAUCAGCACUCAGUACAGCCCGACGAUCGGCCAGGUGCUCUGGGACAUGACCCCUGGUGCCGACUACUACACAGUUGAAGGGGUGACAGAGCAGGGCCUGAUGGUCUCCUGCGUCACCAACGACACCUACUGUCCCAUGUACAACAUGGAAUGUGGCCAGAUGUACAGCAUCAACGUCACGGCACAUAAUCACGUGUGCAAAGACGUGUCCACCUCGACGGAACCGGUUGCAAUUACGACAGAGCCUUGCCCACCCGAAAACGUGCAGACCAAUGUGAAUUGCCAGAACGACAUGGGAAUCGUGUCGUGGGAGGCCAGUUAUGGUGCUGUGGCUUACGAGGUUCGUCUCGCUGGGCGUGACGGCCACUCUGUGUCCUGCUACAGUACAGACCCUUUCUGUAAUGUAGAAGGCCUCCACUGUGGAAUCAUCUACUACACCAAUGUCAUCGCCAUCGGAGAGAUUCUCAACAGUAGCAUCUCCACUACUGUCCUGCUCAUCUCAGCUCCCUGUGCAGCUGAAAAUGUAGCAGCCUAUUUGGAUUGCGACAACAACACAGCCAAAGUCUCCUGGAGCUCGGCCGAUGUAGGAAACUCCUACAUGGUGUCCGCUGUAGGAAAUCAUGGCUACUUGGCUUCAUGCGAGUCUGAUGAGCAGAUGUGUUAUUUGACGGAGCUGCAGUGCGGUCAGACGUAUAACGUCAGCCUCACAACCAUCAGCGAACACUGCCAGACUGAGACACACGCUGAUGUCACCUUCAGCACACGGCCCUGUAAACCUCUGCGCGUUGGAGUGGACCUGCAGUGUGGGACGAGUACAGCCAACAUGUACUGGGAGGAAAGAGAGGAGGUGGAGCUUUACAUGGCGACUGCCACCUGCAGCAUGGGAAUGACUCUAUGGUGCAACUCCACCAACUCCACCUGUCAGUUCUCCAACUUGCGCUGCGGGGAAACCUAUGAAUUCUCUGUAACUGCGUACAGUAACAUGUGCUACAGUGAAAUCAGCAGCACUGUGGAGAUUCAGACAGAACCCUGCCAGCCAACUGGUGUCACAGUCAGUGGGUCAUGUGACAAUGAGACAGUGGUGUUGGAUUGGCUGGAGGCUAAAGGGGCAUCAGUCUAUGUGGUGACAGCCACAGGAGACCUGGGAUACACCACGUCUUUCCAAACCGAGGAGACAGUGAUAGAGGCUGAGCUGCCCUGCGGACAGCUAUUUACCUUCACUGUUCAAGCUCAAGAUGACCGAUGUAACAGCGCUGUGAGCCUGCCUGAAGAGUUCAAGACAGGUCCCUGCGUGCCCCAGCAUGUGCAGAGCUUUUCAGAUUGUGAGAACAAUCUGGGCUCGGUCACCUGGGCCAGCAGCGACGGGGCGGAGUCUUACUUGGCCAUCGCAGUGGGACAGGAUGGCCACACCCACAUGUGCACCACAAACACCACCACAUGCACCUGGGACGACCUGCACUGUGGCGAUCAGUACACCGUUCAUGUCAUUGCCAACGACUACCUGUGCAGUAGCAUGCCGAGCAACAGCACUUCAAUACGAAUGGCACCCUGUAUUCCCCAGAACUUGACAUCGUCUCUAAACUGCACUAUGAAGGUGGGAACGCUGACCUGGAACGCCAGUGAAACUGCUGAGUUUUACAUUGUGACAGCAGAGAACAACAAUGGCCACAAAGUGCAGCUCAGCACCAACGACACCUGGACCCUCAUUUCUGAGUUCCAGUGCGGCCAGGAGUACCUCCUGUCUGUUCAGGCGGUAGACUCUGUGUGCACAAGUCUCCCCAGUCAGCCCUCAACGCUUGAGUCAGAGCCCUGCCCGCCCACUGGUGUCUCCAGCUUCAUGACCUGCCACGCUAACAUUGCUGUGGUGUCAUGGUCCGCCUCGGCCGGGUCAGAGUUCUACACCGCCACAGUGAUGCAGGAAGAUGGCCAGUCAAGCAGCUGCUGGUCUGACAGCGAGCAGUGCGGCAUGCCCAACAUCCACUGUGGACAGAACUACACAGUGACAGUCGUCGCCUCAAACGGGAAGUGUAACUCUGACCCCAGUGAGGCCGACAUGCUGCAGUCAGUGCCUUGUGUUCCAGCUGAUGUGGAUGUGAAGAUAGACUGCUCUGAAAAUCAGGCUGUCGUGUCCUGGGGGGCCAGCGAGGGGGCUCUGUCCUACAACGUGUCGGCUCAGAGCACACGGGGAGCCAUGUCCUCCUGUGAGAGUACAGAAACAAUGUGCAUCUUGACCAACCUCACCUGUGGCCAGACCUACUCUGUUCAGGUGGUGGCGGAGGAUGAUAUUUGCUCAAGUUUACCCAGCCCAGCUAUAGAGUUCAAGUCAGUCCCCUGCACACCGAACAUGGGCUCAGUGGUUCUGGACUGCUACACCAACUCAGCCCUCUUGGAUUGGGCCUAUGCAGAUGGCGCCCUGGACUACACCGCAACAGCCCGGUCCUCUAGUGGCCAUGUUUCCACCUGCAACUCCAACUACACUAACUGCGAGCUAGAGGGCCUGGAGUGCGGCCAGACCUAUAAUGUGAUUGUUGUGGCCUCAAAUGAGAAUUGCAGCAGCCCUCCAAGCACUAGGUUGCCGGUGGAGUCAGCUCCUUGUCCUCCUGAAGAUGUUGAUCCUGUACUGGACUGCUCUACCAACACCGCCCGUGUAGAGUGGCAGGGCCGCGGAGGGGCCGAUUUCUACAUUGUCCAAGCCUUCGGCGUGGAAGAGCAUGAAUCUGGCUGUGAGACUGCGUCUCUGUCUUGCGACCUGGAAGACCUCAUCUGUGGCUUCACCUACAACAUAAGUGUGAUUGCUGUCAACAGCAUGUGCAAUGUCUCGAAAAGUGACAUGAAACAGCUUCAAGCAGUGCCCUGUGUACCGCAGCACGUGGAGGCCCGGGUGGUUUGUGAGUCUGGCGCUGUGGCGGUCUCCUGGGAGCACAGCAAAGGGGCAUCAUCAUACACCGCAGUUGCCCAGGGCAACGGUGGCUACGCAUCAACAUGCAACAGCAGUGAGACAACAUGCCUGUUUGAUGACUUGCUGUGCGGCCUCAACUACUCCAUCACUGUCAGUGCUUCAGAUGAGACGUGUAGCAGUGCUGAGAGCUCUGCUGUGGAGCUCAGCACAGUGCCAUGUGUACCACAGAAAGUAACAGCAGAGAUGGUGUGCAGCAAUGACACAGGUGUUGUGUCAUGGGAAGAAGAAGAGGGUGUGUCAUCCUACAUGGUGCGAGCUUUUGGGCCCGAUGGUCACAAGACUCAGUGUAACAGCACCGGAAACUGUUGCCAUCUACCCAACAUGCAUUGUGGCCAGCUCUACAACCUGACAGUGACAGCUCUGGACGGAGAGUGUGACAACAGCCACGCCUACCUCAACCUGCAGUCAGUGCCUUGCAAGCCAACCAACGUUAAGGCUUCCCUGCGGUGUCACUCAAACUCUGCUGCGGUGACGUGGGAACGAGCCAGCGGAGCGCUCUCCUAUCUUGCGGUGGGUGUUACAGAAGACGGAAGCCACCAGACUGAAUGUAACAACACCAUGACCUUCUGUGAUCUGAGCGACCUGCAGUGUGGACAGACCUACAAUGUGAGCGUGUUCGGCCAGGAUGAGUCCUGCUCCAGUAUGGAGAGCGACAAGGCUUACGUGCGGACAGCCCCUUGUGCACCCCAGGAUGUGACUGUUGAUGCACAGUGUAAUGAGGCUGCCAUGACAGUGUCCUGGCUCCCCAACCCUGAUGCCGAGUACUUCCAUGUGGCAGCAUUGAGCAACACCGGGGCGAGACUCUACUGUAACUCCAGUGGGCUUUCCUGCACCAUAUCAGAUCUACCAUGUGGACGGAGCUACAAUGUGACUGUGUUGUCUGUAAGAGAGGGCUGUGAGAGCAAGCCCAGCGCUAUGGUACACACUUCCUCAGCUCCGUGUGUGCCCAGGAAUCCUGAGGGCCGUCUGGACUGCGUAUCAAACGCCGCUUGGGUGACGUGGGACGCCUCAGAUGGAGCCCUCAGCUACUUUGUGCUGGCCCAAGGAGUCGGAGGUCACAACUCCAGCUGCAGUACCGCUUCAUCCCCCUGUAAUGUCCCAGAUCUGGAAUGUGGGACACUUUACACCUUCCACAUCACUGCAGUCAACAAACACUGCCACAGUAAUCACAGCACCACCUUUGAGCUGGAGACAGGUCCUUGUGCUCUAACAUCCAUUAGUGCAGUGACACAAUGUGACAGCGACACGAUACUGGUUGAAUGGGAGAUGACGGAGGACAUGCCACUCUACCUGGUGACUGCCGAGGGCCACGACCAAACCCUUAUUUCCUGUAACAGCUCGUCCAUAUCAUGUGAACUCCAGGGUAUCCAAUGUGGCAUGCAUUAUAGCAUCAUAGUGUCAGCUUCUUCUGAUAAGUGCAGCAGCCUCAGAAGUCCACCAAAGAAGAUCAAAACAGCACCCUGCGUCCCGGACAAUGUGACAGUGGUGCCGUCAUGUGAAGAGAACGGAGCCACAGUGAUGUGGGGACACUCCUCUGUGGCUACAUCCUACCUACUGACAGCCACAGGGAGGGAUGGACAUGUUGUGAGCUGCAACACCAAAGUGAACAACUGCACGCUGGCUGAUCUGCAUUGUGGACAGCCGUACAACGUUAGCAUCACUGCCAGUGGAGACAACUGCACGAGCCAGCCCAGCAUUUCAUCCUUCCGCACAGUGCCCUGUGAGCCCUCUGGUCUUGCAGUGGAUAUUGAUUGCGAGACCAACACUGCCAUGCUGUCUUGGGAGGCCAGUGAGGGCGCCGUCGAGUAUUUCGGCUGUGCCCAACCUAUGUAUGGAGAUGCACUCUACUGCGACAGUACCGGCCCCUACUGCACCAUCGAGGGCCUGGAAUGUGGUGACAUUUACAACUUCUCUGUUGAAGCCUCUAACGGCGUCUGCAACAGCUCGUUUAGUGCACCUCUGCAGGAAGGAGCAGCUCCAUGUGCUCCGACUGAUCUGAAUGUCCGAAUGCAGAAGAUAGACCAGUCUCACUGGGCCAUGACAUCAUGGGACAGCGUUAAUUGUUCUGAUGUUGAGUACCUUGCGGAGAUAACCGGUCGAAUCCAAAACGACCCACGUGCCCAGAUGGAGGUCUCCUCCUACUGGCGGCCCAUGACAUACUUUGAGUUCCCAAUGCCAUGCAACACAGCUUAUAACCUCACCGUACGCUCCAGAAACUCAGCCGGGGUCAGCGAGCCAUCUGCUGCCUUCACUGGAGUCACGGUCCCCUGUGCUCCACAGAAUGUGCAAUAUAGUGGUGACACACAGUCUGCUGUGCUUUCCUGGGAUGAGUCAGUGUUGGCCACAGGGUACACCGUUUACAAUGUGUCGGGUGCAGGCCGCGUUGAGCUCUGCAGCACCACCGAGCUCUUCUGCGAACUGACCAACUUCGAUCCCAGCACCACUGAAGUGACAGCCAGCAAUGCAGAAGGAGAGAGCAUCGCUAACGGAGAUAUUACAGGUCCAGGAGCGCGCAGAAGAAGAGAUUUGUGGUCCAGUGAAAUCUAAGCCCCUUCAAACACACAGAUCCGAAAAAUCCCAGAGGUGACUGUCACAGUAAAAGGAGUUUCAUUGUAUGUGAAUUGGUUGCUAGUGAAGGAUGCAGCAGAGCACACAGUCUGGAUUGAGGAGGAAGAAGAAAGAGAUCAGAUGAAUAGGGACUUUAGAGUGAGAACCACUGAUGGUAAUUUUCACAAAAAGACUAACCUCAAGCCAUGGACCACCUACAUCAUCAGGCUGGCAGCCAAAAACACCAUCAACCAAAGCAACUACUCCAAACUACAAAGCAGAGCCACUGGUGCCUCCUAAUGAAAUACCACUGAUCCACUUAUAGACAUUGGACUCAACAGAAGUACCAUCAUAUGGGUUUUAUGUUUUCUUCACUCUGUAGCUUCCAUAACAGAUCUGUUACCGGUUCAUUCUGUAAUAACUGUAGGAGGAAAAUUGUACAACAACUAAAUGACAUGUUAUUACAAAUUCUUCUGUCUGGGAAACAUGUCACAAAUAAAUUAUGAUCAAAGAUGAGAACCUUUAGAUUUGAAUGCUUAUGAAUCUUUGUUUAGCAAUAGUGUAUAUACAAGCCCAAUCCCAAGAAAGUUGGGACGCUGUGUAAAAAAACAAACAAAAAAAAACUGAAUGCAAUGAUUUGCAAAUCUUUUUUGAGCUAUAUUCAAUUGACUUAAGUCCAGAGACAAGAUAUUUAAUGCUCAAACUGAUAAUAAAAAAAAUUUGGUAGCUGUAGCUGCUGCUCUUUUUUUUUUUUUUUUUUUUUAAAUUACAGCGUUCUAACUUUUUUGAAAUUGGGGUUGUAUAUUUUUAUAAUUGUGGCUGGUGUCAUAGCAUUACAAAGUUGUGCUGAAAUUCUAUUUAUCAGAAAUGGUUUUAUUUUCAAGAUAGGUUAUUAGAUUCUCUGGAUGAUUGUUAAACUGAAAAAGUAGUGUAAACAAAUUAAAUGAUAAUUUAUCAAGCAAUAUUUUUAAAACCAUGCAGUAUAUUUUUCUUUAUGAUGUUCUUUGUGACUUCUCAUUUUGUGAAUGCUGAUAGAUCUUUUUUUAACAGGCCCAGAAUUGACGGAAUAAAAAAAAUCUUUGAAACACUAAAAAAACAAACAAAAAAACUUAAUGUUCUUUCUUUUUUUUUUUUUUUAAUGUGUGCCUGUGUCUUUCUAGGGCUGCAACUAAUUAUUGCAGCCCGAGAUAGACACACAAGUACCCGGGACCUCAUUAGUAUCUUACAUUGACCACAUUUACAUGCAAAUAUCCAGCUUUUUCUCCUUAUUCUGAAAAAGAUAAUAUUCCUAUUAAGCUGUUUACAUGAAUAAUUAUAAUGAAUAUUCCACUAAUACUCCUGUUUACAUGCAGCCAUGCGCACUAUAAUUCAAAAUAGGACUUGCAUGACCAUGCGAGCACAGCCUCAUUUUUCAUUCAACCACCUUCUUGAAAAGGUCAGUGUUGUGAUAUUUGCGCAUAUCCAAAAACCUGUUAAUAUCCGAGUCUUUUAAUAACAUUAAAAGACCAGAAUAUUUUUUUCUUUUGGACAUGGAUCUCCACCCAAGCCUUGCAAACUGUUGGCGAGUUGAUUUGUGUACAGUGCGUCCAUGACAACGUACAGUACGGAGCUGACUGUAAACAGGUUAGGGGACUCUGUGUCACAAACUGCAGUAAAACCCCCAAUUAUGACACAUAUUCUGAAUGCACUGUAUACAUAUCCAGAGAAGGCUAUUAAAACCCAAAUAAUACUGGCAUAUCCCACAUGUUUUAUUCAGAAAAUGCAAAUUCGGAAAAGGGCCAGCAUAUUCCAAUGGAAUAUACUUUACAUUAUCUGCAUCAAAUUUAGAAUAUUAGUGGGACACUAGUGUGCAUGUAAACGUAGUCACUGUUUACACAGGCCUCAAUUAAUUUAAUAUUAGCAUUCACUCUGUUUGGCCAUUCAAUCGAUUUAUUCUACACAAUGUAUUUCUUUUCCUUCUUUUUUGCAAUGUUAAGGCCACUCCUGCACCUCAUUCAUUAGAUUGUUCAGUUCUGAAUUACUCUAAUAUUAAUAAACACACUGAGAG